GGGCGUGGGGCACCAUUACCCAUCACAGCCUCCCAACCGCCUUGCAUCUUAUCUCCUCGAUUUCUCUGCCAAUUUCUCUUCUCCCUUCUCUCUCUCUCCUUCCUUUUGCUCCGAUUAGGGUUUCUUCUUCAACUGUCAAUACCGUUCAAACCCAAGUUCGGAUCAGCUCUGAGCAUUUUCUAUUAUAAGUAAAUAAAAGCUCUGUUCCUUUUCUCUCCAACUUUCAACAGCCAAGGUUCAUGUCUGAACUCGACAUCCAGAUUCCUACUACCUUCGAUCCCUUUGCAGAGGCAAAUGCUGAGGACUCGGGCGCUGGGUCAAAAGAGUAUGUGCAUGUACGUAUACAGCAGAGAAAUGGUCGGAAAAGCCUGACAACAGUUCAAGGUUUGAAGAAGGAAUUUAGUUAUAACAAGAUCCUCAAGGACCUCAAGAAGGAAUUCUGCUGCAAUGGUACUGUUGUCCAGGACCCAGAGUUAGGCCAGGUUAUUCAACUCCAAGGUGAUCAGCGCAAGAAUGUCUCGACAUUCCUCGUCCAGGCUGGAAUUGUGAAGAAGGAACACAUCAAGAUUCAUGGUUUUUGAGCAGAAGUAACAGCAGCAUUUGACCAGCCCUGCAUAAUUAAUAUUUGCUAAUGCAUGUCCGCAGGAAAAUAUAAUACAUUUAGACACUUAACAGAAUAUGCCCUUACUGCAUGUGAUCUAUCUUUAUUUUAAAAUGUUUGGUAUUAAGUUUAUGAUUUAAGUUGUGUUGGUUCUGCUGCUUGUUUUGUAAUGUGGAAGAAUUAUGGAUUGUUCCUGGGCUUUAAUCUUUAUCCAUAAUAAAGGAAAUGCCUCUAUUGACUUCUCUUUCCAUCA